AUGGUGACGGAGAGGGAGGGGGGGCCGGGCGUGUGCGCGUGGCUGGCCUGGUGGCGCUUGAAGCUGGCCGCCAGCGUGGCAGGGCGCGCAGGCGGGCACGGGGGGCACGCACGGGGUGCCCUGCGCGGGGUGGGUGGUGGCGGGUGGGGAGGGUCAGUGCACCGCGGAGUGGGCAGCUGCGGGGCCCCCUCGGUACAGGGACAGGCACAGCGUGAAGUAGCGCGCGAGGAGGAAGCCGGUGGCGAUGCCGCAGCUGAAGAAGAGCACGAGGUAGAGGGCGAUCUCGAGAAGAAGAGGGACACCCUCUUCAAGGCCAGCUGUCGCCCAGAAUGACAGCUCAAGGUUGGGGGAACCCAGCACAGUGCGACCAAAGGCGUGCAGACCUUCCCCCUCCAGCUUGCUACGAAAGAUGGUCAGCUGGUGAGAAAUCCGGC